CGGUCCAUGGGGGAUGGAGAGUUCCCCAUGAGUUUUGAUGGGAGUGAUGGCGGUGGUGCCACUGGCAGCAGCAGCAGGAGCGGGAGCAGCAGCAGCAGCAGCGGCGGCGGCGGCAACGGCAGCACCAGCAGCAGCAGGAGCAGGAGCAGCAAUGGCGGCGGCGGCGGCGGCAGCGGCAGCAGCAGCACCGUCCUUUGGGCUUACUCCCGGGAUAACUCGCAGUGGUUAGCGGACCACGGGCCCAAUGC